AAAAUCCCCGAAGGGCCGCUUUAACAAUGAUUAGCAAUCAAUCUGGCAACAUCAUGGAUUUGGCGCCAAAAGCCAGUUAACAGCAUAGCGAUGGCUGCUGACUGAUGGUGAGUUUGGCCAUGGAAGUGAAAUUGUCUCGCAUUUAGGCAGAAUUCAGAUAAGUUGAUUGUGAAAAAAAAUUAUCCUUUGCUAAAGAACUUACAAACUUUUAAGGAAAUUAUAAUCAAUGUCUAUUGAUUGAAACUUAGUUUCAAAAAUGGCAAAUUUUGGUAAUGAAGACGAAAGGUCUCAAGAUGGAAGUACGGCGAGCAUUUCUCGGCCUCUGACAAAACACUCAAAAGUGAUGAUUGUGUUCGAUUUUAUGGAACACUCACCUGGUAUUGGACUGAUUUCGCAUGUGGUAAAACCUGUAUUACCAGAAAUAGAAGAAGAUGCAGUUCCUUUGGUAAAAAUGUACAUUGAAAAACAUCGUAACCUUGCAAUCAGGUGGAAACCACCACUACCAACUGAUACAUCAUCUUGGCAUUUAACUCAGUACAGCAAUCUAGAAAGCUGCAAAAAUACAAUCAUCCGGCAAGCAACUGCAGUAUGCAUAUCAGAUGAUAAAGAUAUUUUAUCCAAUCAGCGGACUGCUCUUAUAAAAUAUAUGAUGAGCCAAAAUGAUCGAAGGGUAUCUGGACGUCCAAGAGCUCGAACUCAGUUACAGUAUCUCACAAACAUGGAACAGCUGUCUACUGCCUCUAAUACGAGUCUUGAUGAAAAUGUUGAAAGUUCAGAAGCAGAACCCUUAACAAAUCAAAAAGCAACUUACGAGGAUGUUGAAAGAGAACUAGCUGAAAGCGACGCCAAAAGGAUAAAACUUGAAAUUGACCAAAGGGAAAUGCAACAAAGGAUCAUUGCUCUCGAAGAAGAAAUAAAAACACUAAAAGAAGAUCCAGUUCGCAUACUUACUUCAACUGUUCGUGAGCACACUGUUAUUAUUCAAAGGUUCAUAGACGGAUCAGCAACAGAUCGACCAACCGUUGGCCAACUUCCUGGUACACCAAGACCUUCUCCUGGUUCAAAAGUUUCAACAACACCUGAUACAUUUACUCCAGUGAAAUUCCAUGGUAAUGUUACCAUUAAUCCACAAAAAUUGAGGGAAGCUAUUAUUUCUGGACGUACGAAAACACAAAACCCACAUAGGCGAUUAAACAAAACCGUUUCAAUUUUGUUAUCAGCGUGGUAUGAGCCAGCAGAAUUAGCUCAGUUUAGUCUAGCUGGGAAAGCAUGUCCUAGCAUUCCUGGAAGUAUUCCUAAGCCCAAGUUUCCGGAAGAUAUCCUAGAAGCAAUCGAAAGGUUCUUGAUUCCAAAAUGGGAAACUUGGCAUAGCAUCAUUUUAACCCCUGAACAAAUCAAAACUUCCGUUGGGGAUCGCUUGUUGUCAUGUCAUACGAGUGAAAAAAAGUUAAAGAAGAAGCAAGCAGCCUUUGAAUGUGCGGCAGAAAAUGGUGACGGGGGAAUUGCAGAAAAUGGUGAUGGACGAAGUGCAGAAAAUGAUGAUCUCAACCCAUCAGAUUACGAUUAAUUUUCAUCUCCUUAAAAUGGUCCCUUUAACAAUUGUUAAACCAAGAUUUUGAUAUUUGAUUGGUUCAUGAAGUGGUUCAUGAAGCCUAUAGUAUUUCUCGUGUUGUCAACUAUGCUGUGUUAAUUUUAUGUCAGUCGUCCUUUUAAUCGUCAACUCCAAUCUGUUAUUGUAACCAAGUCAGCAGUUAAUACAGAAGUGUGAUGUAAAUCA